CUCAUCUGCGCCCCGCCCAGCCCCUCCGUCCUCGCCCCGCCCUAGUCGGUUGGCGCCAAACCCUGUGGACAGCGGCUCGCGGAUCUCCAGGCUCCGCGUUCUGUGUCCGAGUUAGAAUCCUGUCAGCUGAGGACUGUCGGGAAAGGCCGGGCGGGGGCAGAGGGGUUUCACCUUGAAAAUCUCGGGGAAACUGGGUACGAGGGGGAAGCGAUUAUUUUUCUGUUGCUCACCUUUCAAUAUGAAGGAGGAUCAGGUUGUGGAAGAACCAGGAUUCCAAGAUGAAGAGGAAUCUUUGUUUCAAGAUAUUGACCUGUUACAAAAACAUGGAAUUAACAUGGCUGACAUUAAGAAACUGAAAUCAGUAGGAAUCUGUACCAUCAAAGGGAUACAGAUGACAACAAGAAGAGCACUGUGUAAUGUCAAAGGACUCUCAGAAGCCAAAGUGGACAAGAUUAAAGAGGCAGCAAACAAACUAAUUGAACCAGGAUUCUUGACUGCAUUUGAGUAUAGUGAAAAGAGGAAAAUGGUUUUCCAUAUCACCACCGGGAGCCAGGAAUUUGAUAAGUUGCUAGGAGGUGGAAUUGAAAGCAUGGCAAUUACAGAAGCUUUUGGAGAAUUUCGUACUGGAAAAACCCAGCUCUCUCAUACCCUCUGUGUGACAGCUCAACUUCCAGGAGCUGGUGACUACCCAGGAGGAAAGAUCAUCUUCAUUGAUACAGAAAAUACUUUCCGUCCAGAUCGCCUUCGGGACAUUGCUGAUCGCUUCAAUGUAGACCAUGAUGCAGUACUGGACAACGUACUUUAUGCACGUGCAUAUACUAGUGAACAUCAGAUGGAGCUACUUGAUUAUGUAGCAGCAAAGUUCCAUGAGGAACCUGGCAUCUUCAAGCUAUUGAUUAUCGAUUCAAUAAUGGCACUUUUUCGAGUGGAUUUCAGUGGCCGUGGGGAGUUGGCUGAACGGCAGCAAAAAUUGGCCCAGAUGUUAUCACGACUCCAAAAAAUCUCAGAAGAAUAUAAUGUGGCUGUUUUUGUGACCAAUCAAAUGACUGCUGAUCCAGGAGCAACUAUGACCUUUCAGCCAGAUCCCAAAAAACCUAUUGGGGGACACAUUCUAGCUCAUGCUUCAACAACAAGAAUAAGCUUGCGAAAGGGAAGAGGAGAACUCAGAAUUGCCAAGAUUUAUGACAGUCCUGAGAUGCCUGAAAAUGAAGCCACCUUCGCAAUCACUGCUGGAGGAAUUGGGGAUGCCAAGGAGUAGGUGGUGAAUUGAUGCAAAUUGCUUCUUAGUGUUUAUUAGGAGCUGAAGAAAUGGAAAACCAGUCUCCAAUUUCACAUCUUGAAAUAGAGGUUUUUUUUCCCCAUGUUAUUAAAGGAAAGUCAGCAAAAGAUAUUUAAGUAUUAUAUUUAGCUUAAAAGUCCCUGAUUUAUGAUAACUAUACAUUGUACAUAAAGUCAGGGAUAUGUAUAUGUGUGUGUGUGUGUGAAUGUGUGUGUGUGUGUGUGUGUGUGUGUGUGUAUAUAUAUAUAUACCUGACAUAUAUAGUAGAUUUAUAUACCUAUUGAAAUUCUCUCACUCUGUGUAUGCAUAUAUACCUAUGGAAAACUAGUUGUUGGGAAAGGGGUACCUGAUUCCCUCCCUUUCACUUUUCAAAGUGACCCACUAAGCAGAUGGAAAGUCUAAGGGUUCAGAAAUGUCCCAUUCUCCUAAAGACUUCCCCUUCACCAUUUUUCUAGGGUGCAGUGCCACUGACUACAGAGCUGGAUGUUUUUCCACAGGAGGAUUUAAGGAAGGAAUGUUUAUAGGACACAUACAAAAAAGCUCUUUCUAUUUAUAAUAUCAAACUGCAUAUUCACCUUUAUAGUAACAGAAAACAAACAUUAAAUUAAGUCAAAUUUUAAAUCAUUUGACAUUGACAAGCAGAAAUUACUUUUAAAAAAUGUAUUUAUGGCUGGGCGCAGUGGCUCAUGCCUGUAAUCUCAGCACUUUGGGAGGCCAAGGCAGGCGGAUCACUUGAGGUCAAUAGUUCAAGACUAGCCUGGCCAACAUGGCAAGACCCCAUCUCUUCUAAAAACACAAAAAUUAGCUGAGUGCAGUGGCAUGUUCCUAUAAUCCCAACUACUCUGGAGGCUGAGGUAGGAGAAUCAUUUGAACCCUGAAGACAGAGGUUGCAGUGAGCCAAGAUGGCACCACUGCAUUCCACCCUGGGUGACAGAGCAAGACUCUAUCUCAAAAGAGAAAAAAAGAAAAAAAUGUAUUUAUGAUACAUACAUAUUCUCUCGGGGAGAUAAAGACAAAGGUAAUUAUAAAAUUUAAAAUUUGGGGGCCGGGCGCGGUGGCUCACGCCUGUAAUCCCAGCACUUUGGGAGGCCGGGGCGGGUGGAUCACGAGAUCAAGAGAUCGAGACCAUUCUGUUCAACAUAGUGAAACCCCGUCUCUACUAAAAAUACAAAAAAUUAGCUGGACAUGGUGGCACGUGCCUGUAAUCCCAGCUACUCAGGAGGCUGAGGCAGGAGAACUGCCUGAACCCAGGAGGCAGACGUUGCGGUGAGUCAAGAUUGCACCAUUGCACUCCAGCCUGGGUAACAAGAGCGAAACUCCGUCUCAAAAAAAAAAAAAAAAAAAAAUUUAAAAUUUGGGGUGAUUAUUUUUAUAUUUUAAAUUUUGGGUAAAGAAUUAAAAAUCUUUUUUCAGAGAACUUCAACAAAAAAGAGCACUUUGGGAGGCCAAGGGGGGCAGAUCACCUGAGGUCAGGAAUUUGAGACCAGACUGGCCCACAUGGUGAAACCCCAUCUAUACUAAAAAUAUAAAACUCAGCCAGGUGUGGUGGCAGACACUUGUAAUCCCAGCUACUCAGGGGACUGAGGCAAGAGAAUUGCUUGAACCUGGGAGGCAGAGGCUGCAGUGAGCUGACAUUGUGCCACUGCACUCCAGCCUAGGUGACACAGUGAGACUCCAGCUCAAAAAAAAAAAAAAAUCUUGUUUAAAUGUUCAAAUUAAUUUAAAUGUAAAAUUUCUGAAUACUAAUCUUAGAAAUGUAUAAAAUAGUUUUUUGAUUGUUGAACAAAAAUAAAAUCUUGUUUUAAAAACGUAUGUAUGAUGAAA